GCACCUACUGUGUAUCAGUCAUGCCGACCUUGGCAGACAAGAUCCUUGCCCUCACGGAACCCACAUUCUUGCGGGAGACCCACAGUAACCAAGUAGAAACAUAUCAGCUGGUGAUAUGGAUGCAGAGAGAGAAGCUCUGCAGAGCAUGGCCUACCCCGAAGUGCAAACCUUUUGCCAGAAACAUGGCUUGAUGUUCGAGGUCGUUGAUCUGAGGUGGGGUAUUCGGAACACGGAGGCCACUGACCACAUGACCACGGAACUCUGCUUGGAGGAGCUCGACCGGUGUCGCAAAACAUCCAUAGGGCCCGCUUUUGUUGCUCUCGUAGGUGACCAGUAUGGCCCCUGCCCGGUCCCCCCGCUGAUCGAGGAAAAGGAGUGGGAGGUGCUGAGGGCCCAGCUGACCACCAGGCCGCGUGACCUGGAGCUGGUGGCACGACGCUUCCGGAGGGACGAGAACGCCGUUCCUCCUGCCUACGUCCUGCAGGCACCAGGGGCCGGGGAGGCCCGAGGGCCCGAGGAGUCCACCCUGAGCUCUGUCCUACGCUCUGGAGCCCAGCAGGCACACAGGCUGGGCCUCAUCACCCAGGAGCAGCGGCAUCACUACCACCGGUCAGUCAUUGAGUGGGAGAUAGAGAGGGGCGUGCUGAGCUCGGCAGACGGUGACCAGGGAGCCACUGUCUUCCUGCGAGAGAUCCAAGACCUCAACAAACACAUCCUGGAAGACUGUGCCCUCAAGAUGGUAGACCGACUUGUGGAUGGCUGCCUGGACACCGAUGCCCAGAACCUUCUCAGAAGUCUCAAGGGGCGCAUUGCUGAGACACAGCCUGGAGUUCUCAAAGCUCACCACCUGCCGUGGAGCCGUGACCUGGUGAACCCCAAGAACAAGGCUCAUGCCCGCUACCUGAAGGAACUGGGUGAGCAGUUUGUGGCCAGGGCCAACCACCAGGUCCUCGAACACCUCCGAGAGCUGGAGGCAGCCAGACAGGAGUUGGAGUGGCUCUAUCAGGAGAUCCGCCACCACCUUUGGCAGAGUGCAGAGGUCACCCGGACUUUCUGUGGACGCCAGGAGCUCCUGGCCCAGCUCGGGCAGCGGCUCAGGCAGAAUGACAGCAACCCCCACACUCCCCAGGUUCUCUUUGGACCCCCGGGCAUUGGGAAGACAGCCCUGAUGUGCAAGCUGGCCGAGCAAAUGCCGGGGUUGCUCGGCCACAAGACAGUGACCGUCCUGCGGCUGCUGGGGACAUCACAGAUGAGCUCGGACUCCCGAAAGCUGCUCAAAAGCAUUUGCUUCCAGGUGUGCUUGGCCUAUGGGCUGCCCCUGCCCCCUGUCCAGGUUCUGGAUGCCCACACUAGGGUGGUCCAGUUUUUCCACUCUCUCCUCCACACCGUCUCCUACAGAAACUUUGAGACCCUUGUGCUCCUGCUGGACUCCAUAGAGGACCUGGACUCCAUCCACCACACUCGGAGGGUCCCCUGGCUGCCUCGCAGGUGCCCCCCAAGGGUGCACCUCAUUCUCUCGGUGAGCUCAGGGCAGCGGGGGGAUUUAGACACAAUGCGACAGAUGCUCACAGACCCAGGGGCCUACUGGGAGGUGAAGCCCCUCUCUGGAAAUCAAGGGCAAGAGAUGAUCCAGCUGCUACUGGUGGCCGCAAGGAGGACACUGAGCCUGGUGCAGAGGGACCUACUCUGGGCCAGCCUCCCAGAGUGUGGACACCCAGGGCGGCUGAGGCUGGCCUUUGAGGAGGCCCGGAAAUGGGCCUCCUUCACCAUGCCAGCCCCUUUGUCCACCACCGCCGAGGAAGCAACACACCAGCUCUGCGCCCGCCUGGAGCAGACACACGGGCAGCUCCUGGUGGCCCACGUGCUGGGCUACAUUGCAUCUUCCCGGCACGGGCUCUCCGAGGCGGAGCUGAAGGACGUUUUGUCCUUGGAUGAUGAUGUGCUGCAGGCUGUGUACCAGGACUGGAGCCCACCCAGCAGGGAGCUGCUGCGUUUCCCACCCCUGCUGUGGGUGCGGCUGCGUCGCGAUCUGGGUCACUACUUGGCCCGGCGGCCCGUGGACGGCUUCACGCUCCUGGCCAUUGCCCACAGACAGUUGGCCGAGGUGGUUCAUGAGCGCUACCUGUCAGGGCCUGAGAGAGCCAAGAGGCAUGGCAUCUUGGCUGACUUCUUCUCUGGAGCCUGGAGCCAGGGCACUAAGAAACUCAUCACCCUGCCGCUUGUGGGGAAGCCCUUGAACCUGGACCGAAAGGUGGCCCCUCAGCCCCUGUGGUUCUCAGACACAGUCGCAAACCUGCGGAAGCUGGAGGAGCUGCCCUAUCACCUGCUCCGCUCAGGCCGCAUCGAGGAGCUGAAGCAGGAGGUUUUGGGCAGCAUGAGUUGGAUUUCCUGCCGGGGCAUCUCCAGCAGCAUCGAAGGCCUGCUGGAUGACUUUGACUUGUGCACCCCUCACGUGGACUCUCCCGAGGUCGGCCUGGUCCGCGAAGCCCUCCAGCUCUGCCGUCCCGCCGUGGAGCUCCGGGGCAUGGAGAAGAGCAUCCUGUACACAGAACUCCUGGCCAGACUCCAUUUCUUUGCCACCUCUCAUCCAGCACUGGUGGGACAGCUGUGCCAGCAGGCCCAGAGCUGGUUCCGGGUGUGCCCACACCCUGUGCUGGUGCCCCUCGGAGGAUUCCUCCAGCCCCCAGGAGGACCCCUCCUGGCCACCCUCACUGGCUGUCACAAAGGCAUCACCGCCAUGGCAUGGGGUCUGGAAGAGAAGCUGCUGGCAGUUGGCACCCAGGAUGGCAUCAUUGUGGUGUGGGACAUGAAAGAGCAGCAGGUGAUCCAUGUUCUAACCGGACAUACAGGAGAGGUGAGGUGUGUGAACGUGUUUGGCAAAGGGACAUUCGCCAUCUCCGCCUCAAAGGACCACACACUGCGCUUAUGGAACUUACUUUCCGGCCAGGAGAAAUUUGUCAUUUGGGAUGGAGGUUCAAAAAGUCCCACAGAACCUCAGAUCUGGAGCCUUCAUGUGGAUGAAGCAAAUAAGGUUGUGUAUUCGACUUCUGGCACGAAGAUCAAUGCUUGGAAUCUGGAAACUGCAGAGCUGGUUUUCCACAUCCUGGGAGAUGCCUCCGAUCCCUGGAUGUGCACAGCUGUGUUGGCUUCCCAGGCUAGGCUGCUGACAGUGUCCAAGGAUGGUGUGGUCAGUCUGUGGAGCUCAGCUAUGGGAAAACUGCAGGGGAAGCAACAUUUAUCCAGUAUCAAAGAACAGACAUCUACCUGUGCAGUCUCAGUUCAGAAAGAAGGAAAGAUGGUUAUUGGGUUUAGCAACGGCUCCAUUUCUUUGGUGUCCUCUGAAGGAGACAGAUUGUUGGAGAAGCUUCCAGAUGCUGUGGGGUUCCUGGUGGUCUCUGAAGAUGAGUCCCUUCUUGCUGCAGGCUUCGGAAGAUCCGUGCGGAUAUUCUUGGCCGAUUCGCAGGGCUUUCAUCGAUUCAUGGCCACCGAUCUGCAGCACGAGGACACAGUAGAGACGGCCGUGUUUGGUCCCGAGAACAAUCUGAUCGUCACUGGGUCCCGUGACGCUUUCAUUCAGGUGUGGAGUCUGUCAGAGCAGGGGAGCCUGGUGGGCAUGCUGGAAGGCAUCGGGGCACCUGUGAACCUGCUGGCCCGGGGUGGGGCUUUGGUGGCUUCUGCUUCCCAGCAGUCCUCAUCUUUCAAAAUCUGGGAUCUCAGCAAAAUUCAGAAGCCCUCGGCCUCUGCUCCUUUUCUGGACCGCACCGGCCUCACAGCAGUGUCCCACAACGGAAGCUACGUCUACUUCCCCAAAAUUGGAGACAGAAACAAAGUCACCAUUUGGGACUUGGCAGAAGGUGAGGAACAAGACUCCCUGGACACGUCCAAUGAAGUCAGGUGUCUGGAGGUUGCCGAGCAGGCCAAGCUGCUUUUCACCGGCCUGAUUUCAGGGAUCGUCCUUGUGUUCCCCCUGAAUUCCAGGCAGGAUGUGAUGUGCAUCCCCCCUCCCGAGGCCCGGAAAGCCAUCAACUGCAUGUCUUUAAGCAAGAGCGAGGACCGUCUGGCCAUCGCCUAUGACAACAUCAUCCUGGUGCUGGACAUCGGCCCUGGGGACCCCUGUCCAGUCAUUGAUGGGCCCACGUACACCUUUUAUACCCAACUGCCUGAGACAAUCUCCAGCGUGGCCGUUCUGACCGACUACCGUGUGGUCUACGGCAUGACCAACGGCGACGUCUUUCUUUACGAGUGUGCGAAUUCAAAAGUGUUCCCUUUGGAGGCCCAUGGGAGCCGAGUCACUUGCGUGGAGGUCAGCCACAGGGAGCAGCUGGCAGUCAGCGGGUCCGAGGAAGCCCUGCUGUGUCUCUGGGACCUGCAGGCAUGCAAGUGGAAAUUUGAGAUGAAGUACACGAGUUCUUACUGCAGAGGGGUCCAAUGUGCUUGCUUCUCCAAGGAUGACAAAUAUGUGUACGUGGGCUUGAAGGAUCGUUCCAUAAUUGUCUGGAGUGUGCUGGAUGGCACCCUGCUCGCUGUCCAGUUUGUCCAUGCUGUGGUAAACAGAAUCAUCCCAACCUCCAAUGGCUUCAUUGCCCCCACCAGACAUGGUUAUCUCAUCCGAGAGCGAUUCCAGUGCCCUUCGUCAAGAGCCUCACAGCAGGACCCUCUCAAGAACUUCAAGAAGGCAGUGUGGAUGGUCAAAUCCAGGCAGAGAGAAGAGCUGGCUGCAGCCACAGGAACACCCCAGGACCCGGGAUUGGAGAGUUCCCAGGGAAAUGAACGCAAAUCAAACAAACACUCACAAAUCUGCCUUAUAGUGUAGAAAACCCCCAUGGGGGCAUGGGGUGCCAGUGAGUUAGCCAUGUUUAAUCUGGUUGAAGCAAAGAGAAUGCACUUGCUUUGGACGUAAGAACUCAUUAUGUGACCUGGACCUUGCCUCUUCCCAUCUUUCUAUUCUUCUUUCCUCCUUGUUGGUUCCAUUCUUAGACCUGCCAUCCCCAGGUUAGCAACAUGGUGGCCAUUAUGCUGCCAUCCCCAAGUUCAGUGAAAAAGAGAGCUUCCUUUUCCUAACAGUUGUAGCCAGUCUUAGCCCCCAACUCUAUCUGUCCCAAUUGGCUCAAGCAUCCAUCCCUGAACCAAUCAUUAUCUCUGAUUGUCUGGCCUGACCCAGUGCCCAUCAUUGGGGCUGAGGUUGGAGAUAAUACCACCCAACCAUGUGGGCCGAGAAUAGAAGAGGGUAUUUCUGAGAGGGAAAAUGGGGUGCUGGUACCAGGUGAAGGGGUGAUGGAUGAACGUGAGACAGACCAAACCACUGAUAUGGACCACAGGGCUUUACAGUCUAUUAAAAAAGCACCAGCUACUGUCAUCUGAUCCUCAUCACAGCACAUACUUUAGGAAGGGCAGGAGUUUCUGUGCCCAUAUUACAAAUGAGGAAACUGAGCCUUGCAGAGGUAGCUGUGAUUUGCUCCAGGUUACAAGUGUAAGGUGCAAGAGCUCUGAGAGCCAGGAGCCUUUUGUUCCAAUCCUUGCUGGACCACCUCACUCCAAUUUUAGUCUCUGAAGCACAUCCAUCUAUUCCACAGGUAUAG